UUUGUCGCUCUUACCACGCACACUAUUCUAUUCAUAAUGGCGCCAAAAUCAAGGGAGAAUAUCAACAGCGACAUCGAGUCAAGUGAUGAUGAGGGAGUCAUUAAGAACCUGGAUUAUAAACCACCCAAGGAUUUUUCAUUAUAUAAAGCCAAGAAGAAUUCCCUUUCAGUAUUUGAUAUGGAUGAGACAGUGAAGCACGAACUUUGGUUGAUCCGAGUCCCAGAAGGCAUUUCUAAUGAAGAUCUGGCCACGAUGUCUAUUACACUCCCAUCUACAGCAGGUCAUCCUAUUCAGGGUGCACUGAAGAAGAAAGAGUCUUCAUCAUCAACUUCAACUUCUACCUCGACCGUCAAAUAUCAACUAGAGGCUGUCACGCCUGAUUCAGGAUUUGCAGGAGAGAUGCUGGCGCUUCAGCCACUUGUACCUGAUUCAUCUAAAGGAGGACAACUUGUUCAAGCGCCUCUCGGCAUUAAACAUCAUCUGGCAUUGGUUGCACACCCCACCAUCCCUUCUGGAGCACCCAUGGCAGAAGAGAUUUUGUCUAGACCCGUUCCCAAAAGACAACAGCCCGAAGGAUUGAAGAUGAGAUUCAAGUUUGCAGGUUUCGAUACCCAGGUACCGGGGGCUAAACUAUCUGGAUCAGGCAAGGAAUUUGCGGAACGAUGGAAAAAAACGUUAGAGAAGCGUCAGCGUGAUGCAGAGGAGGAGCUUUUGAGGGAACAACAGGCAUUAGAGGAGGAGAUGGAAGAAGAUGCGGGGCAAGAUGAGAUGGAGGAAGAGGAGGAAGAAGGGGAGGAAGAAGUAGCCGAGGCUGAGGAAACUAUGAAGGCUUCUACUGCCGUAGCUAACCACCAAGAAGAAAAGGAGGAAGAAGGCGAAGGAGAAGAAACAGAAGCACAAGAAGCAAGUAGACCUGCCAAGAGAAAGAUAGAACAUUCAGAAGAGGAUGUAACAGAAGGGAAGAAGGCCAAGAAGGAGAAGAAGGAGAAGAAGGAGAAGAAGGAAAAGAAAGAGAAGGGUGAAAAGGUCGAGAAGGAUAAGAAGGACAAGAAGGAGAAGAAAGAAAAGAAAGAAAAGAAAGCCAAGGACUAGAUCUCUUACUCAUCCUCUCUCCCAAACACACGCAUUCAUCACAAUACACAUUUUUCAUUAUAACAUUUCUGC